GUGGAAAAGGCCGGGCUAAAGAUACGCAGAUACCAUCACAAGAACAUUUAUUUGGUUGGAUCACACGAUUGAGAGCUUGAUCGUGCUGGCGAAAUACUCAUUUCUUAUUCUUAUCGACAGCAGAGCUGGAAACGAGGAGAAGAGAAGAGUGAUGGGUUAUCCAGCCGCAGUCUCUUUUAUCAUCCUCGCCAAUCUUCUCAUUUUUGUCACCGGCAUCGAAUCUCCUCAAUAUUCUGUCGUUCACUCCGAAUCAGAUUUAGAGAUUAGGGUCUACAGAGAGUCUUCCUGGAUGUCUGCUCCCUCCGAUAAGAUUUCCUUUGAGAAAGCCACAAAGCUCGGGUUCCACCGAUUGUUUCAGUACAUACAAGGAGCUAACUUGAACUCCUCAAGGAUCAGAAUGACUGCCCCGGUCUUGACCAGUAUUGUUCCAGAUGCAGGCCCCCUUCAUUCCUCAGCCUACUUUGUAAGAUUCUAUCUUCCUGUGAAAUUCCAAGCUUACCCACCCAUUCCUCUCCCAGAAUUGAACCUCCACCCCGUUCAUUGGCCAACUCAUUGUGUUGCAAUAAGGCAGUUUUCUGGAUUUGCUCGUGAUAACAAUAUUGUCAAGGAAGCUGAGAAACUAGCGAUUAGUUUGAGGAGAUCUUCCUGGGCCAACUCCACUGAUUUUCUGGACAAAAAUGCAUAUUCCAUUGCACAGUAUAAUUCCCCGUUUCGUUUCAUUGGUAGGAUUAAUGAAGUGUGGGCUGAAAUUGAUGGAUCCCAGGUACCAGGUUGUGAUUCAAGUAGUGCUGCGACCUAUUGAAAACCUGAAAAAAUGAUUUAGUUAACAAUCUUUGCAUGUGAGAAGUCUAUGUGGAAAUGCGUAGCUGCCUGUUAGGUUUUUUACAGUUCCAAGAAAGAAAUAAAUAAUACCUAUGAUCUUGUAUAUUUGCAAACUAUGGUUAGAGAAUGUUGUUGUUCGUAAAUUUUAUAUGCAGCAAAGCAGAUGUAAACAAGGGUGGUGAUCCUCUUAGAUUAUUGUGGAGUAAUGAUGAUAUCAUUGCAGAAUGAUGUAAUAUCUUGAUGUUUAAAGAAGUUUAGAGAGGUAAUAGCCAA